CUUUAGGCUCAAGUUUCCUCAAUUUAGGAGUCCUCGGACCGGUCGCCGCUCCGAUGCGCGCGCCCAGAGCUGAAACUGCAUCGUCAAACAAAGUGCGGCAGACGGAGGCGAUGGACAUCACAUGAACACUGGGCCCGGAUAAUUACAUUGUGCCUAUUUCCUCCUCUCCUCCUUGGCAAUCCCGAGACAUUCGUCGCCUUCUUUCUGUGUUUGCCUCCCACCCAUUGGACCGCGUGAACAAUGGUCGGAGUUCUUUUUUAUAGUAUCUAGCUUUUCUUGCUCUUGUCUGUCUAUAUAGGACGGGGACGGCCCCCGCGUCUCCCCGCUUCUGCUUCCUGCACAUCUGUUCUCCUUCUCUCACACUGUAUACCCUCUUUUUAAAAAAAUAAUGGAGACACCCAAGGUCCUGGACGAAAAGGCCUCUGUCCACGGCGUCGAGCACCAGGCAGGUCUCGACCUGUCGACGUUCAGAAACGGCGAGUUCGACGGCAUCGUCAUCCCGCCCAGGGGCUCUGCCGAGCGCAAGCGUCUCGAGAACCGCUUGAAAUGGAAGAUUGAUCUCACGAUCCUGCCGAUCGUGUUUUGCAUGUACAUCCUCAACUACCUCGACCGCAACAACAUCGCUGCCGCAAAGCUGGGCACGUUCAUGGAGGACCUCGGGCUGACUGCGACGCAGUACUCCACUUGCGUGUCCAUCCUGUUUGUCGGUUACAUCUCCAUGCAGAUCCCUUCUAAUCUCAUUCUCGAGAAAGUCGGUCAUCCGUCGAUCUACCUCCCGACCGCGAUGGCGUUCUGGGGCGUCGUCUCGGCGUGUACGGGUGCCGUGCAGGGAUUUGGCGGGAUGGUGGUCGUGCGCUUGCUUAUCGGCUUCUUGGAGGCGGCUUUUUACCCUGGUGUUUUGUUUUAUCUUUCAUGCUGGUACACCCGUCAGGAGAUUGCCGCGCGAACUGCCAUCUUUGUCGGUGGUUCGUGGAUCUCUGGUGCGUUUUCUGGAUUCAUCGCAUACGGAGUCAUGAAGAACCUAGAAGGCGCUCAUGGGAUUGCUGCCUGGCGCUGGCUGUUCAUCAUCGAGGGUGCGGCCACUAUCGGCUUUGCUCUGCUGGCUAUCCCGAUUCUGCCCGACUUGCCUGGCACCACGCGCUGGCUGAGCAAGGAAGAGCGUUUGCUCGGCAUCAUCCGCAUGAUUGAGGACGUCGGAGCGCGCGACGAGGACUUGCACGCGUUCGGCGCCGCGUUCGUGGGCGUCAAGUUGGCGGCCAAGGAUCCGAAAGUAGUCAACCUGUUCAUCAUGAUGUUCUGCUUCAGCGCCACGGCCGGCAUCAACACCGUCUUUCCCACGAUCGUCAACUCGCUCGGCUACGACCGCGAAAAGACGCUGCUGCUGACGGCACCGCCCUGGGUGCUCUGCACAAUCACCUCGGUCCUCAACUCGCUGCACUCUGACUACACCGGCGAGCGAUACAAGCACAUGCUCUGGGGUCCCACGCUCGCGCUCAUCGGCUUCGUCAUCGGCAUCUCGUCGACCGCAAAGGCGCCCAGGUACGUGGCCAUGAUGCUCCUCCUGCAGGUCUACAACUCCUGGGCUCUCGGCUUUGCCUGGCUCACAAACACGAUCCCGCGCCCGCCCGUCAAACGCGCGGCCGCGUCCGCGUGCGUGAACGUGGGCGGCAACAUCCCAAACAUCUUUGUGCCGUAUUUCUUUUCUUACACGGGCGCGACGCCGCACUUUUACGUCGGCUUUGCGAUCUGCAUCUGUUUUGCGCUGUUUGGCCUGUUGGCGGCGACGACGCUUAAGAUCCAGUUGAGUAGGUUGAAUAAGAAGCUCGAGAAUGGCGAGAAGGUCGAUGGUUUGAGCGGAGAGAGUUUUAAGUUCUUG